UGGUAAUCCUAGGCGUCAUGUCGCUGCCGCCAGAGAAGGCUCUGGAACUCAAACAAAUCAUUCGCAACCAGCUGACCCAGGUCUUGAUUAAGUCACCUCUCAAUCUUCUUCUCUCCAGCGAAAACAACCUCAGUUUCCUCAGCCUUUCCUCGUAAGACCUUCCUUCCAUACCAGGCAACAUCCUAGUAAAUCUCCUCUGCACCCUUUCCAAAGCUUCCACAUCCUUUCUGAAAACAGUGACCAGAACUGCACGCAGUACUCCAGAUGAACAUCCAUGAAACGAUCAGAGAAAUCUUAGGAGAAUCAGUUCAGGAAGAACUAGGGGUUUCUUCGCAAACUUUAUCUGAGGCUGAUCUCAUAAAAGCAUUACAACGACGAGGCAUUGUGGAUGAUGUCAUGAAGGAACUCAAAUUUUUAACAGUCAAAGAAGAUACAUCCAGUUCAAAACCAGCCGCACACUUUAUUGACAAGGAGCCAGCUGAAUUAAAGAAAACAAGCAUUGAUCCCACCAGAAGAAACAUAUACCUUCAGGUUUUGGGUGGCAAAGCUUUUCUGGAGCAUUUACAGGAACCACAGCCAUUACCAGGGCAAACAUGCUCUACGUUUACACUCUUCUUACAUUUCCGAAAUCAACGCUUCCGCUCCAAGCCAGUACCUUGUGCCUGUGAGCCUGAUCUGCAGGAUGGGUUUCUGCUGGAAGUUCACAAAGACAAUUUAGGCGAUGGCAGUAAGAUGGCUGAUGCAACAACUUUAUUAUCAAUCUGUGAUCCUGUGCACAUCGUUCUUAUAAAGACAGAUACAUCUGGAGAAACAACUUUAAUGGCUUCACACUAUUUGGAAUGGCGGUCUUUGCUGAGCUCCCCAGAUGGAAAAAUGAACAUGUCUUUAGAGCUAUUGGGUGUGGGCACAGAGUCUAAAGUUCCAGUUGGAAUUUUGAAUAUAAAACUUGAAAUAUAUCCCCGGCUGGUGCAACCAUUAAACCAAGAAAUAGUAAAUACUCAGCUAGCAUUAGAGCGUAAAAAGACUGCAGAAAAGGAACGCUUAUUCCUUGUAUAUGCCAAGCAAUGGUGGAGAGAGUACCUUCAGAUCAGACCUUCACACAACACCAGACUUGUGAAAAUCUUUGCACAGGAUGAGAAUGGGGUGAACCGUCCAGUUUGCUCCUAUGUAAGACCACUGCGUGCUGGGAGGCUUCUGGACACACCAAGGCAGGCAGCCCGAUUUGUCAAUGUGCUUGGUUAUGAAAGAGCAGUCGGGGUUGGAGGUGGAUCGAAGCAAGAGCAGUGGUGUACUCUGCUGCCUUUUCUCUGCAGAGGCAAGGGAGACUGUGAAGAUCAUGCCACCUUACUGUGCAGUUUGCUGUUGGGUUUUGGAUUGGAUGCUUAUGUGUGCGUUGGAACGAAAGCAAAAAGGAUCCCUCACACUUGGGUGAUGACUUAUGGAACUGAUGGAACGGUCGUUUUCUGGGAGAGUUUAACUGGACACAGAUAUGUUCACAGGCCUGUUAAUCCUGAUGACCCACCACUCGUAGACCAACCAAAAAGGACAUAUCCAUAUUGUUCGAUAGGCAGCAUUUUCAAUCACCAGAGCUUCCAUGCUAACUGCCAGCCGUCUGACACUGUCGAACUGUGUCACUUUGCCCUAAAUGAUGAGUCGAAGUGGAAAUCCAUGAGUAUGGAGGCCAUAAAAUCUGUAUGUGCUCCUGGGUCAUCUGUUUCACUGCCGCCAUUUCCGCCUUUGUGUGCUCCCACAAUUGAUGGUGCAGCUGCGAGCAAUGAGAUUGAGCUGGUUUUGAGGAGUCUGAUGUCUGAGCAUAGGAAGGAUCUCGGUCUGAACACUGUGUGGGAUGACCAUCUGUCUUACCUGCUGUCACCAGCACUGGCUGCAUAUGAGAUUGAGCGCACAACAGGAGUGUCUGCAGGUAAUGAGGAGUUCCAGGAUGCUAUCAAAAGAGCAGUGCCAGAUGGACAUACCUUCAAAGGUUUCCCUAUUCACUUUGUCCAUCGAAAUCCAAGGAGAGCAUUUGCAACAUGUUUAAGGUCUCCAUUCUGUGAGGAAAUUGUUUGCUGUCGAGGGGAUCAGGUACGCCUGGCUGUCCGUGUGCGAGUGUAUCCAUACCCUGAAUCUGCCUGUGCAGUGUGGAUUAUGUUUGCAUGCAAAUACCGCUCAGUUCUGUGAUGCAACUGAGUGUAUAAAUGAUACAUGUUUCUUCUUGCUGUCUUCGCAAAGACCUUCCUGCAGGACUAUACCUUUUCAAUGUUCCAAGAACAUGAUGUGCUGUAGACCUAUCAUACAUCUUGUUGUUUGUGCACUGUGUAUUUAUGAAGAAAAUAAUCUCUGGAAAUUGUAUAAAGUUUUUUUUUACAAAAUGUAUAAAAUAUUUUGCUAAACAAUAAAGUUUGUUAAUUUAGGUAA